GAGAGCAUCCGGUGGAGGCAGGAAAAAGGAAUCAAAGCCGCAUAACAAUAUCAGAGUGAGAGUGGAGCAUCAUCAGCGCUGACGUCCAGUUUAUCCGCUCAGCUUCCACUUCAAGCGGAUGGGCUGUAAGUCGCUGCUCACACAAUCAGCAGAGAGGCAGACAAGCGAAGAGGAGAGACUCUCCGCGGUGAUUUCAAGUGGGACGCAGCAGCUUUUUCUUUUCUCUCUUAUUAUUAUUUAUUUUAUUUCUUGGUCUCAGAAGAAUUGUUCCUCUCAAGUCGUUCGAGCAAGUGGGGAGUGCUGCGGAGCUCAAUAGUGUUCACCAGUAAAGGGGAUUUGUCCCUGAAGGCACAUUGUGGAAUUGCCAUGGACUUCUUUUGGUUCACCAGACUCACCCUGAUUAUCUUAACCAUCACCCCUCAAUGGUCCCUGGGAUGCCCCUAUGGAUGUCGCUGCUACAGUCUCACAGUGGAGUGUGGAUCACUGGGGAUCAAGGAAAUCCCACAAGGUGCCCCCUCCAUCACAGAGACCAUCUUCCUCCAGGACAAUGGCAUUGUACAGAUCAGACUUCAGGACCUGAAUCACUUGAGGAACCUUCAUUAUCUGUACCUCCAGAACAACAGUAUCUCUGCCCUGGAGCCCGGGGCCUUUCUCAACCAAGGACAGCUGCUGGAGUUGGCUCUCAAUGGAAACCUCAUCCAUCUGGUCACCCCUGACAUUUUUAGGGGUCUGGAGCACCUCCGUAUCCUCUACCUUGCUGGCAACCAGAUUACUCGCAUCCAGGACCACACUUUCAGGGGACUGCAGCGCCUGCAGGAACUGCACUUGCAGGAAAACAGCAUAGAGCUGCUGGCAGAGCACGCUCUGUCUGGCUUAUCAUCUCUGGCUCUGCUGGACCUCAGCAGGAAUCACCUCAGCACCUUGGGAGCCUCUUUCCUAAAACCUCUUGUCAGCCUGCAGGUGCUCCGCAUCACAGAGAACCCAUGGCGCUGUGAUUGUGCUCUUGGAUGGCUAAGAACUUGGAUUAGUGAAGAUGGACAGCGUCUGCUGAGUUCUGCAGAGCAGCGUCGACUGAUGUGUUCAGAACCCCCACGUCUGUCCCACCUCAGUCUAGCAGAGGUGGCACCAAACAGUCUAGUGUGCAUUCCUCCUGUGGUGCAGCUUGAGCCCAGCCACCUGACUGUGCGACUUGGCGAGAGCCUGCGUGUGUCCUGCCAGGCUUCAGGAUAUCCUCAGCCUCAGGUCACAUGGAAAAAGGCAUCCCAUGGCAAGACCCAGUUAACUCCUCAUGGUCUUUUCCAAGAGCUUGGGCCCAAUGGGGAACUGUUCCGGUCAGGUUCAGGGGGAGUGGUGACAGCCCUACCCAGCAGUGGAGGGGUCAAAGUCGGAGGAGUUGGGGGAAUCCAGGGACUUGUGCGGGGGGCAGAGGAGGGUGGUGAAAGAGACAGCUUUGAUCCAGACAUGGGCAGUGGCAUGCUAUUCCUCAGUAAUGUAACUGUAGCACAUGCUGGGCGCUAUGAAUGUGAAGCCUGGAACCCAGGUGGUGUGGCAAGGGUUACAUUUCACCUUGCUGUCAACAUGUCUUCUUCUUCUUCUUAUUCAUCCCAGUUUUGGCCUCGUUUGAACACACACUCGUAUGUCUCAUCCUCGUCUAGCUCCUUCUACCAGCCAGAAGUUCUGGAUGUUAGCCAGGAGCCUCUAUAUGAGCAGGACAGCAUGGACUUCAAUGCACUGGGUCCAGCGACACAGACUGCAAUUGCUAUUGGAAUCUCCCUGCUGGCUCUCACUGCUGUUCUUCUGCUGAUUAUGAUCUACACUCGGCAUCAGCAGAACCAAAAAGAAGACAAUGGCUCUUACUGUACAAGCAAGGAGGAGAGUAUCCUGUAUGUGAAUGACUACUCUGAUGGGCCAACAACCUUUGCACAGUUGGAGGAGUACCGUGAUGACCACGGCCAUGAGAUGUAUGUACUCAACCGAACCAAGCCUGUCAUGGGCUCUACUACUUCCAGGUGUCCAAUGAUGAGUGGCUUUGUCCAGCCAAAGGGAAUGAAAGAAGCUCUUCUGGAUCAUGAAAUGGUCCAGACACUGACACGAUCCGGGGGACUUGGGUUUUGCAGAAACCCAGCAGAAGGUGGAGAGGGCCCUCUAACAACAGAUCCAGAAGAUUUGCUUCUCAGCCAGAGCCUCCUGUUUGGAUCACAAGUGGCAUAUGAGAUUCACUGCUGAAGAGUUUUUAAUGGGUGAAACUUAAUGUUCAAGGACUUAAAGACUUCAACAAUCAUCUUGCAACAAUUUAAAGCCUCAUAUUAUCUGGCUUUUAAUUAGGAGACACUGGUGAUUGCAGCGGGAAAACUGGAUUACUUCCAGUUCUCCAAAGAUCAGCUUCUAAUUGAUUGUAUGAUAAAAAGAUGGGUCAGAAGACUGGACAGUGAAAAAUUACAGAGACAAUAACAAUUGGCCCAUUUUUUCUCCUUAAAAUAAACCCUUUAAGAAUAAAUACAAGUGGCCAACUACAACAGAAGACAUUUAUAUAAAAGUUAAACUAAAUCCUAACAAAACAGGUCCAAACUGUAUGGUGUUGUAACAAUGUUAGUGGUUGGUAAUACUUUCUAUAAAUGUAUUUCUUUAUAUCUUAUUUGUGUAUUUUGUCUCUGAGAGAAAUAAACAAAUUUUGUUUGAGGUGGUGCUGUUAAGUGGACCCUAUUAAAAAAAUAUUUUAAAGUAAAGCUACAUCAAAUGUCUAAUGGAAGCUGGAACAUCAGCCACCUUUUUUGAAUUUCAAUUAUUUUUCUGUACUCCUGAAUCUUUUGAAGUUAUUUCUUAUGUUUUC